AUGAGACCGCCCCUCCGGAUCGCACUCUUGGAAUGCGACGAACCAUUGACAAACACCAAGGCUAAAUAUGGCGGUUAUGGCGGCGUGUUUCAAGCACUGCUGCAUGCUGCGGCUGCAGCUCUAGAGCAACCCGACAAGAUUGACCCCAAUUCUGGCCUGCAGUUUUCAAAAUGGGACGUUGUCCACCAGAGUGACACAUAUCCAAACCUGGAAGACAUCGACGCGGUGCUACUUACGGGAGCAAAAUACAACUCGUACGACGAUACCCCCUGGAUUCUCAAGCUUGUCGAAUUCACAAAGAAGGUCCUUGCCCAAGACAGAGUUCGUUUGAUCGGGAUUUGCUUCGGGCAUCAGAUCCUAGGUCGCGCUCUAGGUGCCAAAGUCGGUCCCAAUGACGCCGGAUGGGAAGUCGCUGUACAUGAUAUUGACCUCACUGAGCAAGGAAAGCAGCUGCUUGGCUUGGAGAAACUGGUACACUCCCCAUCCUACUGGAAACCACGAUGA